CAAAACUUAAUGCUGUCUAUUUCAAAGAAACUAGUCUGUCUGUGUCAGUGUGAGCAGAAACAUAGCAGGGUUAGGCCAGUAUCGAGGUGGGUCUGCUCAGAACGAAGAAAUAUCUCCUGCUCUUUCUCACACAGAUUCAGAGAAAACAAGACUACAUUGUGACCAAACAUUUUUCUCUUUCACUUUGAGCAGUAAAAUGGCUGAAGGUGGAGGUUUACUGGAUCAGGACCAGUUCAGCUGUGCGAUCUGUCUGGAUCUACUGAAGGAUCCGACGACCAUUCCCUGUGGACACAGUUACUGUAUGGGCUGUAUUAAGGGCUGCUGGAAUCAUACUGGUGUCUACAAGUGUCCCCAGUGCCGAAAGACCUUCACCUCAAGGCCUGUUCUGAACAAAAACACCAUGCUGACUGAAGUGGUGGAGAAACUGAAGAAGACAGGAAAUAUACCCAAAUUGAUUGAUGCCUCUGGAAACCUGCAGGAGAACAUCUGCUCUCAUCAUCACAAACAGCUGGAGAUUUACUGUCGUAAAGAUGAGGAGUUUCUCUGCAAUUCGUGCGAUACUAAGGAUCACAAAGGCCACAGAACAGUUUCAGUUGCAACAGCAAGAGCAGAGAAACAGAAGCAGCUGGGGACGACACAGAGUAAAUUCCAGAAGAGAAUCCAGGAGAGAGAGAAGGAGCUGCAGGAUCUGAGACCAACUGUGCAGUCACUCAAGCGCUCUGCACAGGCAGCAGUGGAGGACAGUGAGAGGAUCUUUACUGAGAUGAUCCGCUCCAUUGAGAGAAGGCGCUCUGAGGUGAAAGAGCUGAUCAGAGAUCAGGAGAAGGCUGCAGUGAGUCAGGCUGAAGGAUUCCUGGAGCGACUGGAGCAGGAGAUUGCUGAGCUGAGGAGGAGAGACGCUGAGCUGGAGCAGCUUUCACACACAGAGGAUCACAUCCAUUUCCUCCAGAGCUUUAAGUCUCUCUGUGUCCCUCCUGGACCUGGAGACUUACCCAGCAUCGCUGUCAGUCCACAGGUCUCCUUUGAGGCUGUGAGGAAAUGUGUCUCUGAGCUGAAAAGGCGACUGGAGGACGUCUGCAAGGGGGAAAUGUCUAGGAUCUCUAGGGCAGGCAGAGCAGUGGGUGAUCGUGGCUGCUUUUCUGAAAAGGCGACCUGUUUCCUCUGCAGACAGCCCUUUAGAAAGCCUUUUCGGAGUCCUGACAAACGCUGUAUAUCCUGUAAGAGCGGAAUUUAUGGAUAUGGAGGUUUUUGAGAAAAAUAUAACAUUUUUCAGCCAUUUCACUGCAAAUAUAAUUUAACCAUUUUGUUUCCAAAAAAAACCCCAUUUUGUUACAUUCUAUUGGCCAACCAAUAGAGUGUAGUGCUCCAACAUGCAUUUGUUCUGUUUUAUUGAUAUUGUUUUGUUAUACUGGCCAUUUGCACCUUGUCAGUUAUAAAACAUAUUAAAGGUACAAUAGGUAAUUUUGACUUUAUAAUGGUCAAGUGAGGAAUUGCAGCAACAAGCACCCUCAAACCACAACACUGUUUAUCCCUCCCCCUUCUUUCUGAACACGCUGAUGUCGAAACACCAUUGGCUGUGGCAAUUCGAACCAAUUUUCAACAAAUGAGCUUGAAUUAUUGUACAGUUAUACAAUGUUUUGGUACAGAGUGUCGGGCCAUCAACUGUAUAUUUUGAAUUUAAGGACUAUAAACACAGGCGGAGAGUGAGUCAACAUGUCAGUGAGCCUUUUUCAACGAUAGGAAGGGAUUUACAAUGGUCUACCCGUGAAGCGAUCGUGGAGCUCCAUCUUUGAGGACAGCCCAGCCCAUUGAAGCUCCGUGCAGAAGGUCCUCGUGAGGAGCGUGAGCGUGUCCUUGGCAGAAGUAUGUCUUUGGAACGUGUGACAAUCGACCCCGCCCGCCACAUCUGUGAUUUGCACGGGGCUUCAGACUGACGCUUGGUCGAAAAAAAGGACGUCCCAUUUGCCGAACACAAGUUUCCUCAAUUCCUUCCUUUACUCGUCCCCUCAUCCUUUACUCGCGCCCUUUCCUUGUGUCCUCCACUGGGCGGCGUUCAGGAGAAAGGGAAGGAGGCAAGGAAAGGACGCAAGGGGAUAGAAUAAGCGAUUGGAAUGCGGUAAGCCAGUGUGUUGACCUUUGCCCUCUCUGUGAUCUUAUCUGAGGAUAAUAGCAGGCCACUGCUUUAGAAACACAUGCCUGUAUGAGAUAAAUCUACUCAAGCCUGAUGGUUCUGAUUUUGCUGACUCCGUGUUAGACUCUUAUUAAGCCGUGCACUCAUCUGUUCCUCUGUUUACAGUAACAAUAUUGGUCCUCCUUCAUUAAUGAUGUCAUACACAGUCACAGACACACACACACACACACACACACACACACACACACACACACACCUGCCACGAGGUUAUCCACAACUUGGCCACUGCAACAGAUGCCAACAAAAGACCUGUUGGCCUUGGUCAUUUGUUUGAACAUUGCUAAUAAUAUAACAUCACAUAAUGCUGGUACCUUUUUUGUAGUGUCUUAUGGGGUUAGGGACCUUUUGGUAGCGUUUUACGGGGUUAGGUACAUUUUGGUAGUGUUUUACGGGGUUAGAUACCUUGGCUUCUUCCACCUGGGUUCUAUGGAACAGGGGUAUGUGUCUGGUAGUUCUGUUGGGAUGGGAUUGCGUUUAUUACAGAUUUGUACAUAAGUAGUUUUCCCUAUUUGACAAGCCAUUGGGCAGAUUAUGUUUUGAUUCUCAAGAAUCUAUUUGGAUUUCUGUUGUAGAACAACAUGUUCUGUUUAACCCCAAACAUGAAUUAUGUGAUCAUUUUAUUUUCCUGAAAUAUAUACUCGCCUAUAUAUAGCCCUUAUGAAAUAUGAAACGUGAAAUAUUUCAAUAGCUGUUGUAAUAAUACUGCUUUAUGAACAUUUUCUUGUUUCCUUACUGUUUUUGAAAUGUCCAUUUAUAGCAGCGGAGAGGGUUAAGACUUCAAUAGAAGAAAGAAAUAUAUAUGUGAGGGAAAUAUAGUACUUCUCAAUCAUUAUUACAAUCUAAAUCAUUAUUAAUUAUUACAUUACAUUAUUACAUGCGUUUACACAUACAGCAUUGGGGUCUAACAAUGAGUAAAUGUGAUAUCUGCAAAACAAGAGGUUUCAUAACAACCAUGUAUGAACAUGUCUUCUCUGUGUGAAGACACUUCCUGACUAAUCACAGUAAUGAGGUUAUAUUUCUCCUGAAGCUGACGAUAGUCUUGGAGAAGCACACAGAACACAUUGUCAUAUGGGAGUAUCAGGAUGUAUUCAUGUCAUUUCUUCUGAUUGCUUGUUGUGUUCCAAACCCUUCACUCAGAGCUGUAUGUGAACAAUGUGCUUCCAAACACACAGGUUUGAUUCCUUAUUUUUGUAAAUAGCAUUAAAUUGAAGAAUAUAAAUAUGAAUAUAAUAUGCUUACCUCCUUAAACUUUUCCUCCCUGAUCUAUAUGUUUUGUUGUAAAAUUAUGCAAAAAUAAAAUAAUUAAAGGA